AGGAAAAAAAUGUGUCGAAAAGCUAAAACCAGCUUUUUCUUACUCAGUUCGAUGCGCUCUUUCAAGUGAUAUAUGAUUUAACUAGAAAAUAAAACAGUGCUCAUCGUUUGAGUUUUCGGCACCAAACUUCAUCAACUUCUAUAGACCAGUUUCGUACUACAAGAUAUAUUUAUAAAGAGAACAUUGAUUGCUGUUUUAGAAAGAACAAUCUAUCAUUCAGACACAUUCCGCCAGCAAUUCUAAUCGGAAAUUAAAAUAUGAUGAUGAUGAUCUUCAAGAUUUUCUCUAUUGUUCAACUGAUAAAAAAUCAGAUAAUGAAGAUCGUUUACUUGAGAAUCGCUAUUACCGAUCAUUUCUUUCAUGGAAAAUCCAAAAUUAUAUAUCAGAUACGGGUUAUCAACAACUAAAUAGACUCGAAGAAAAAUAUCGCGUUAAAUGUCCGCCGUUUUCUACAAUUAAUAAACUGAAAAAAAUAUAUAGUAGUUGGAUACCGUUAAAAACACUUGAAUAUGGAUGUUAUAUGGAUGUACGUCAUGCCAUUUUGAUAUUAGCUAGUUUAAAUCCGCAUAUUCUAAAUAACUUAAAAGAUAAAAACACAUUACACUUUCGUCUCUGUCAGGAUGGAACGUGGCUCGGUAGAUACCUGAGUCGAACUGUAUCGUUUCAUCAUUAGCAUGGGUUGACGCUGGUAAUCAGAAUCAAAAUGCUUUUUCUUUAAUUCCAUUAUCCUUGAUACGUAUCAGUAAAGAAAAUCGUGAAAAUGUCGAAAAUGCAUUAACACCCGAUUUUAUAGAUAUGUUCAAACCGGGACAGGUGAUGAAAAUAAUGGGAAAUGAAUACAACAUCGUAUUUUCGUAUUCAGCUGAUUAUAAAAUGGUUUCUCAAGUUAUGGGUCUUUCCGGA